AUGGCCGAGGUUCUUGGUGUUGUGGCGAGCGGCAUUGCCGUGGUACAGAUGACGACGGAGAUCGGAGGCGCCGUGGUCAAGCUCAAGCGUCUUUGGGACAGAGUCGAGCAGGUGCCGCACCAGAUCCGCGACAUUCUCAGCGACAUGACCGUGCUUGAGCCCCUGUUGGCAGAGAUCCAGCGUGAGUUCAAGAGCAGCGAGCUGCCAGAGGGUGGUUGGAACUCGUCGUUGGCCUCUCAAAGUGCCUCCUACUGCGCGCAAGCCCAGAAAACGCUGAUCGAGAUGGUGGAGGAGCUGGAUGGUCGAAUCAUGGGUGCAAAGAGCAAGACGAGACAGAUGGCGAGGGCUGCGAAAGUACUUAUGAGGAAGGACGACCUUGACAGGAUGCAAGAGAGACUGAGGAGUGCCUUGGAUAUGCUACAACUUUCAGUCAACCUUUACACUGCAGCAACAAACAAGUACACAAACCAGAUCAUCCGCCAAAACAACAUCCUCCUCCAGGAAUGGCAAGUCGGUCAGACCGUCAAGGACGGGCGGUUGACGAACGGGGGCGAUGAAGAGCACCACCAACCAGAUGCGGCCAGGGCCAUGAAGACGCUGUCAAUAUCCCAGAUAUCGAACUGGAUGAACACCAAACGCCGGUCAUACCAGCCGACAUACUUUGGCCGCCUGGUCUUUGAGUACUCAGCAAACAGGAGCAGCCUGAUCGCCAGUUUCCAGCCACCGACCUGGCUUGCGCAGAAAGUCUGGGAGUUUGGUUCAAGGAGAGCGCUCUCCGGGUGGGAUGUCCACCUGCGAUCCUACAACAUCGUGUCCAACGAGGCUCCGGCAAUGCAGUGCAUUCGUCGAGAUGAUCUGGAGACAUUGUUGGAAUUGUUUGAUAAGCGUGAGGCUUCACCGUUCGACAGGGACGAGAGUGGCUGGACGUUAUUGCAUUACGCUCUGAGAUUUUACAAGCCACGCAUCUGUAAGAAGCUACUUGAAGUUGGCCUCCAUAAGUGCAUCUAUGAGACUGCCUUGGAUUCUAGUCGCCAGUUCACCCCAUUUACCGAGAUCAGCACACCGUUCAUGGACGGAAGGUAUGCCAUGCGGCUCAUCUGGGAUCCGGAGGAGCAGCUUCAGAUGCUCUCGCUCUUCGACUCGUAUGAGAGUUAUCUGGGUGUUCUGGGCGAUGACGACCUGAUGAAGAUGUUCCCGACCCUGCCAGCGGAAACGUUCCCCAAGUUCCAACAGGAGUUUCUCCCGCACCACUAUACGCUGCCAGCCCGACAGCGUUUCUUUGCGGCUCUGCGGAUGCCCGAAUCGGGUCAGGGAGAAAACACAUCCAUGGCCGAACUGGACAGGCACGCCGAUGAUGUCACUGAUCAGGACCGUAUUCUGCGGCCUGUCCCGGGAUUCGAAUAUGCAGAGGAAGAAGUGGAAGAAGGCAUGCGACGACGCGAUCAAGGCCUGGCUGGACGUGUUGAAGAGCUGCAAUGUUGA